CUGUUAGGUUAUAAAAUGUCCGUCACAAGUGCGGAAAAUUUAGAGACGUAUUUACCGUGGGUACCUUUCUUUAAAAUCACAAUGGACGUGGAUUCAGUAACAACAUCUUAUUUACCGUAUGCAACUUAUUUUCUGCUGGCCGGCAUUGUAGUAUUAAUUGCAAUAAACUAUUACAUCGAAACCACUCGAGUAGUCCGUCUUAUAAAGAAACUACCAGGUCCAACAUCUUUACCCGUUUUUGGUCGAUCAUUGCAGUAUCUUAAUGUGUCUCCUGAAAAUGCGAUAAAAAUAGGUUGUGAAUUAUAUAAACAGUAUGGAACUGUAAUGGGCGGAUAUGCUGGUACAGUAGCAGUAGUUGCACUGAUAGAUCCAGUAGAUAUUGAAGUAAUCUUGAGCAGUCCUGAGCAUAUUGACAAAUCCCACGAGUAUAGACUGUUCAAACCGUGGCUUGGAGACGGUUUGCUGAUCACAAAAGGUGACAAAUGGCGCAGACAUAGAAAGAUGAUUGCGCCCACGUUUCAUAUGAGUAUCUUGAAGACUUUUGUACCUUUAUUUUACGAGAACAGCAUAGAUCUCGUGGAUCGACUUCGGGAUAAAGUUGGAGAGGAAUUCGAUUGCCACGAUUAUCUAUCAGCCGUAACAGUCGAUAUUUUAACAGAAACAGCGAUGGGAGUUAAAAGGAAGAAAACCGGAUUUGAUUAUGCUAUGGCCGUGAUGAAAAUGAGCGACAUCUUACACCGAAGACAUCUUAGUCCAUAUUUACGAUUUGAUCAAAUAUUCCAAUUUUCGAAGUUUGCCAAGAUUCAAGAGAAAUUGCUUAAGACUAUUCAUACACUAACAGAACGAGUAAUCACAGAGAAAUCAAACGAAUUCGAAGAAAAACUUACGAAAAGCCACCAAAUGAAAGACGUGCAAAACGAUGAACAAAGGAAACAUUUGAAUGCGACCGAAAAUACGAACGAUUCUAAAAAUAGUACCACUAACCAAAUGCAUUACGUAAGAGAUGAUCUCGAUGAAAAUGAUGAGAACGACGUAGGCGAGAAAAAGCGACUUGCUCUCCUAGAAAUGAUGCUUGAUUUGAAAAAGAAGGGGCAAUGGACUGACGAGGAGAUCUGGGAAGAAGUGAACACCAUCAUGUUUGAGGGCCAUGAUACUACGGCAGCUGGCUCGAGUUUUACACUUUGUGUCCUAGGAAAUCAUCCAGACAUUCAGGCUCGUGUGCACGAAGAAAUAGACACAAUUUUUGGCGAUAACGACAGACCAUGCACUUUCCAAGAUACGUUAGAAAUGAAAUAUCUCGAGAGAGUUAUUAUGGAAACUUUGAGACUUUUCCCACCGGUACCUACGAUUGCUAGACAACUUAACAGGGAAGUGAAAAUAGUUACAGGCGGUUAUGUUCUUCCAAAGUCUUGCACGAUAGUUAUCCCCCAAUUUGCAGUGCAUCGUUUAGAAAAAUAUUAUCCGAAUCCAGAAGUAUUUAAUCCAGAUAACUUUUUACCAGAAAAAAUGCAGGAAAGACAUCAUUAUGCGUUUAUUCCUUUCAGUGCUGGGCCAAGAUCUUGCGUGGGACGGAAAUUUGCUAUGCUAAAACUGAAAGUUUUGUUGUCGACGAUACUGAGGAAUUAUCGUAUUACUUCUGAUACGCCAGACCAUGCUUUCCAUCUGAAAGGUGACAUUAUUCUGAAAAGACAUGAUGGAUUUAUGAUCAAAGUUGAGCCGCGCAAACCAACUCCUUCUAAAUAGAAAUAGCCGGAAGUUAGAUUUCUAUGUGUCGCAACAAAAAUUUAUCACUAUUUCGUGUAUUUGUUAGAAAAUUGUUUGUAGCCUGCAAAACUUAUAGCAGCAACAUUCUAGUAAUACCUUCUGGAAGGUUUAGGUUUCAUGACUAAACAUUCACGUUGGCUAAAAAUGAAUUUCAAUAUCAUAACUCGAAUAAACUUUGUAAGGAAUAUAACUGUUUAUGUACCACAAUCCAACUUUAUAAAGUAUAGUUAAAGGAUGGGCGUCAUAGAAAGACUUUCUUCCCAACAUUCACUAACAGUUCAGAUAGAAAUUCUGUUUCCGUUAUUUAAAUUGAUUAAAUACAAAACAUAUGCGAUGUCGCAGUAUUGGUAAUUUAUUUAUAUAUCUCAAAACAAUACGAAAGGAGGUGCACAGGGCUGUGAGAGUCAGAACGCGAUUGUUGGUGCGUAAAGUCAAAAGGACUAUCUUUAAUAAACCAUAAAAAAAGAUAAUUGAUAUAUGUACGUUUCGACUCUUUUUGAGUCAUCCUCAGCAACUUCGAACCGAUGAAAUAAGAUGUCUCAUCUCAUGCUCCACGUGGGCUCUAGGAUAUCCUGGAUAUCCACAUAUCUUGGAAUUGCAGGUUACAUUCGUCAUCCUGACGUAUAAUAAGGUUACGAACCUGUUCUAAUAGAUCCCUGAGGCUCUCAUUAGAAAGAGAACAGCGAGAAGAUGUCUUCCUUGACCGCCAAAUCGACGUUGACGAUGCGGACCUUUCCCUGCGCGUCACGAAAUAUUUAAAUUACAUUUUGCUAAUUAUACACGUUGUUUUAAUUUAACAACAAAAAUCUAUAUACUGUAUCCACCAAUAAGAAUUACUUAUAAAGUAAAAGUCAUGUGUAUUAAAAGAUUAAUAAAAAAUUUUUAUACACAGAAA